AUGACGGAAACGAAAUCUAACAAUGUCUUUCAGGAAAAGACCAUGUGUGACGACAAAAAACCGCAGGUCGACGCAAGAGCGUCCGACGCAGAGUCAGGUUCUGUCAUAGAUACCACGGAUGUUCAAGAAAAUGGUUAUGUCAUAGAUUCCAACGGUACACUGAAGUUGAAAAAUGGUUUGAAGCCGGGACUGAAAAACAGAAUGAUUAAUCUAAUGGCUAUUUGCGGUAUAUUAGGACCUGGAGCGUUUGUGGGUAUGGGAAGUAUGCUGAGAACAGGAGGGGGUGCUGGCAUGCUUGUCGGAUUUGCAAUUGUUGCACUUCUCGUCAUCAGUAUGAUGUUUAGUGUCGGUGAACUAAAUGCCACUUUAGAUUUUAAUUUUUGCAAGCAUGCAUCCAGAUACGUUUCACCAGGAUUUGGGGGAAGUAUGGCACUAGCAUAUGCUGUUCUAUGGAUAACAAAUCUAAUAGCUGAGUACACUUCCCUUAGCAGCAUAUGCACGACUUACACUGAUAAGGUUCCUUUCUAUGGUUGGUAUUUGAUAUUUUGGGGGUUUUUCACUUGCUUUCAGUUUUUGGGGGUCACCGCUUAUGGUGAAGCUGAGUACGUUCUCGGUUUUAUGAAGUUGUUCUUCAUUGCAGGUUUUUACAUAUUCGCUAUAAUUUACGCAUCCGGAGGAGUUCCAAAUCAUAAACCCGGUAAUCCAUUUGGUGAGACACCUCUUGUGGACGGUUUCAAAGGUAUUGCGAAUUCCUUUGUAUACGCCGCAAUUCUUCUAAGUGGCAUUGAAAGUGUUUCGGUUUUCGCCAGUGAAGCCAGAAACCCCAGUAAAGCUAUCCCAGUAGCCGUGAGAAACACGAUGUUUAGAAUAUUCUUUGUUUACUUCGGUCUCUCGGUAUUCUAUGCGAUCACUGUUUCUCCAAAUGAUCCUGCUUUAGGAGGUGCAAGCAAAACUUUACGUGCCCCAAUGACGAUAGCUCUAACGAACGCAGGUUGGGUGAACGCAAAGUAUUUUGUCACAACUAUCAUCGUUUUGACCUGCAUAUCCUCCAUCAACUCUGCAAUCUUUCUUUCAUCGAGAUCCUUGCUGACAUGGGCCGAAAUGGGUAUGGGCCCUAAAAUCUUUACUAAAACUGAUAAAAAGGGUGUUCCUUGGGUUGCCGUCCACACUUGUCAUUUGUUCUCUUUCUUAUGUCUUCUCAGUAUGUCUAGUGGAUCAUCCGUGGCCUAUAGUUAUAUUGUAAAUGUGACCAGUGUGGCUGCUUUCAUUGUCUGGACAGGAAUUUCGUUUACUCAUCUGCGCUUUCGAAAAGGAUGGGUGCUGCAAAAUAAACCAUUAGAUGGACUAGGAUUUAUAGCUCCAUGGUAUCCUUGGUCGAAUUAUUUUGCAAUUGGGUUAGGUAUCGUCUUGGUGUUGGUUCAGGGCUGGUCAAGUUUCGAUCCAUGGGAUGCUUCGACCUUUGUAGAUGCUUACAUUUUAUUGCCGGUAUUUUUUGUGGUAUGGGCGGGAUACGAUUUUCUAUAUCUCAAAACAAGAGUGAUCAAGUAUAGUGACAUGGAUUUUGAAACGGGUAAACGUCUCGAUGUAGAUGAUGCUUUGAAUAAAUUUCAAAUAACAAGCUUAACAUCUGCACUCUCCCAUUAG